ACAGCGGAUCAGAGCACAGCUGUUUCAGCAGAGCAGCCUAGAUUUAGGUCUCAAAUAUCGCUUCUCCUCGUUAUAUGUUAGCCGGACAGCGUCACUUCUCCUCCCUGCCCUCGCCUCUUUAGCCACAUCUUUUAGCGGCAGGCGUCGCUUCUUUUCUGCGGGUGUCUCGUGCCGUUUGUGUGCCCACGAGAAGAUGGUUUUGUCAACAUCACAACAAGUCGCCCUGGCAUUCACGGCUGUGCUCUUCACGUUCGUCGUCCUGCCCAGGAUGUUUGGCGUCGGCGGCGGGACCGGGGCGAAGGAAGCUAGAUUUGACCCUCGCUACGCCAGAAAAGCAGGUCCAGGCCCGGGCGCGGUGAGAGGUCAGCCCAUUAACGUAAAUGCCCCUGGUUCAGCUCAGACCCCUGAGAACAUGCAGCAGAUGAAGAAGCUGAUGGAGCAAGAGCUGAAGAGUGACAAGUACAAAUCCAACAGCAACAAGGGCUACGUGUUCACACUGAUGCCUCUGUACGCCAUCGGAGUUGGAGUGUUUGCAGCCUACAAGUUUUUGAAGAUCAAGUCUGCAGAUGACCAGGCACAAAAGGACAAAUUUGCAAAAGGAGCCAAGAAGUCAGUGGAAGCAGAGAACCAGUUAAACGAGCUGGAACAAAGGCUAGCGCAGACAGAGAGGAUGCUCAAUUCCAUCCUCACACAGCUGGACCCGCUCACUAACUGUGUGAAGUCAGUGGCCCAGGAGCAGAAGAACGAGAUCAUGUCUCAACUCCAGACCAUCCGGUAUCUGAUGAAGAAGAGAGGAAUGGACUGUCCACCCCUGAACAUCAACGAGGCAUCCUGCGAGCGUAAUCUGGACGACCUCAUUGAGUCACUGGGAGCCAACGACACCUCGGCAGUGCAGGCUUCUCUGGUGGACAAGCAGAGCUCUACACGAACAGCAGAGGCUUCUGAAAAGGUAUAUCAGAAGAGUUUGGGAGGUAAAGACGAAGCUGCAACAGAAGGUGAAGAGUUGAAGGAGCUCGUACCAGAGGAUUCAGAUGGGGAAUCGGAGGAAGAAGGGAAUGUAGAGGAAGAGGAGGAGGUUGAUAAAGAGCAGGAGGAGGAAAAAGGUUUGGAGGACUCUGAGCUCAUGCCUUCACUAGAGGACUCAUAUGAGACAAACAUUGAGGAGGUUGGAAUGGAGCAGCCUGCAUCCGGCCUCAGGCGACGCAACAGGCCUGACUGAACUCAUUGCAGGACUUUUUCACUCUACAAAGAUGUGACAGAUUAUUAUUAAUAUUUAUUACCUGAAAGGCUUUCAUUCCAAAAGGCUGUCUACAUAUUCAUCAAAAACACACAUUGCAUUCAUCAGAAACUAUAACCUCAUAAGGAAAGCUCUCUAACAGUAAACACAUAGGGCUCUAUUUUCAUGUUGCACUCACAAGAAUCAACACCAACAUGUGCACAAGGUCAGUGAGGGUUGCCAGGUGCAUCUGCUAUUAUUGCUCACAUAGGUGCAGUGUGCUAUGUGCAGAAGGGUUGGCUAAAGUGAAUUUGGUGAUUAUUCAUCCUCCCAGUUAGUGACAUUUCCUGUCACAUACCUUUUAUAACAACUGUUCCGAUCACAAUGGUGCAUGAAAAACAAGACUCAAAUGAAUCUCCCUUGCCCCCAGGAGCAUUCUCUUAAAGUCUCUCUGUGACUGUAAUCCUUCCUCUGAAUGCUUAGUGUCUUUUUUUUAGAUUCUCCAAGUGUGGUGAACUCCACUGGAGGGAUGAACAAUAUUCUUUCAAAUGAUAUUCUUUUUGGUGUUUUGAUGAGGAUAAUGAUGAUGGUGGUGGUGGUGGUGGAGGAGAGCACUGUCAAACGGCCAGACACACCAAACUGACAUCAAAGAACCAGUGGCAACAAAGGCCGACUCUUGCGUUGCCUCACCUUGCCUGUGUCUCGGCCAAAAAGUUGCACCUCAUCUCACAGCAGAGACUACCACCGAUGGCUGAUUAACACGUAUGUUCUGCUAGUUUUCCAGUUAACACAUUAACAACACUAUCCGAUGAUUUAUCGUGCGCUAGUGAAUAAUAACACAGACCAUUACAAGCCAUUUCUGCUUAAGAGCUAACCUAAUCCAACCUAAUAUCACGUUUCUUGUGAUCUCACACACCCUCUAGUUUAGUCAUUAGCCUGCUUUCCUCACUUCUGUUUCUCUUCUCGUGUACUGAGCUGAACCACCAAUCAGAGUGAUUUCACUCACCGACAGGCUCCACUGUCUCCAACGCUGGUUCAGCAUGCUGAAUCUGCCAAAAGUCACCCGGCAAAGGCCGACUAGUGCCAACAGUGUGCGACACACUGCAAAACAAAUGACCUGACCGCUUGACAUAGACCAACAGCCGACUGUCGGCUUGGUGUGUCGGAGCCCUGACAGAACACUCCAUAAUAUCACCCAGAAGGCCAUUAGUGAUGGGUUGUUAAAGCACUGAUGCUUUUAAGCCAACUGCAGUGAAAGUGUUUCCUUGGAUAAACUCAUUAUACGAAUUGUCUCCCCAAGCUCCUCCAUAGCCUUGCCAUAAACAAUUCAAAUUUAAAUAGUUCCUGGAAAACAAGAAAUGCCCAUCUCAACACAGAGCUAACACACCACUAAUACUUCUCAAAUCAUCCAGGAGCUUUUGUUCCCUGUAUGGAAGCAGCCUGUAUUUGUCAUGUUUCUCACCACAUUUACUCAGAUCUUUCCUUUAACUUGUUGCCCACUUUUACAAUAAUGUGGGUCAGCCAGGGGGUUAUCUCCAGGUCUGAAAAGUGAGGGUAAUGCUGAAGUUCCUUAAACCUGCAUUCUUUUUAAUGGCCAGCAGGGGGUGACUCCACUGGGUGGAGUAAGUAGUCCAGUUAAAUUCUAUGUGAACAUGAGUUGAUUAUUAGCUCAGUAAAUAUUUUCUUAACCAGUAUAUGGUCUCUAGUUUCAAGUCUUCUUCAAUUCAGCAUGAUCAUUUCAUAAAUUAUAGCCCCAUAUAGAGUUAAAUAGAUGAUAAAGUAGGAUAUUGUUUAGGGCGUGGCUACUUUGGGAUUGACAAGUCGCCACCACGGUGGUGACACAGCUAACGUGCCAACGUUUGUGGUACUCCACAAACCAGUUGAUGACGUCACAGUGGUUCCGUCCUUUUCCUCUAUACAGUCUAUGGGUGCAGUCCAGACAUAAGUUGAAUUGUAGCAGUGAUGGAUGCCAGAUGCAUAAAAAAUUCUGUCUAUUUUGUUUUUGUUUGUUUUUGUCAUGUUACAGACCGUUCCCAAAAAACCCUGGUAGUAUGCAUGGAAUUCACGCACAAUUAUGCGUGCUUUAAGUAUGCAUGAUUAAACACACAUUCUCAGCACAGUGUUUUUCUUACUAGCAGUAAAUGUGUGGGAAGUGUUUUUGUGCAGACAUAUUGUUUAUACAUCUGGUCCUAGAUCCUCAGACAUCCAUUUGCUGCACCAAAGAAACACUUAAACUUGCAAUGCCUCAUCUUCUUGGGGCACUUUUGCACCAUGCGUGCUGCACUGGGCACGAGAAUAUAGAAGGGACUGACAAACCACCAGGUAGUCAGGGGGUCCUUUUCAUUAUGCUAACUUAUGCUUCCUUAUCUCCUCCCGUGACCCAGAAAUCGUUCUCCCUCCACAAUGAUGGAACUUCCAAUCCUUUAAAUGCAUCUCACAAGACAAGGAGGGAGAAAGCCUCUGUAUGAGCUCAUAGCAAGGAAACAGGUGUAUCCGACACGGAAAUCUUAAAUAAAGUACGGAGCUGCCCAAGGGUCAUGGCGGGAUUUUCUUACCAUAAUAUAGGUCAGCAAUCAGUAAUAAUGCUACUGAUGAUUGGUUAUAUUAUAUAAUCUGCAUAUCUAAAUGAAGGCCUCCUGUAUAUGUAAAACCUUUAUAGGCCUAUAAGAGAUGUCCCUAUCUAUGAAAGAUCCUUUAAGAUUUUGAAAUUGUUAUUAAAGAAACGAUUUUGUGGACAUUCACACCAGUCAGUUUGACGUGAUACAGCUCCGCAGCAACAGAAGUAAAUGAUGUCGCUGAAAACUGACGCUGUGGAACCAAGGGUUUCUUUUUUGGGAGCUUUGGCUUCUCCGUCCUUGCAUCUUUUCCUCACCUCCUCUGGUCACUCACGAAGUUAGGAAGCAAGUGAAGGAAGCGAGGAGACAUGAGCGUGAUAAAAUGCACCUUGAGUUUGGAAAAUUGCAACACCAAAUAUAGUGCUAAUUGUAUUAGUCUUUGUGCCGACAUGAAAAAAGAGCCCAUAAUGUCCUGUGCUUUUCUGUUGUCAGUCAUCUUUCCAACACUAAUCAUCACCUUUUUAUACUUGCCUGAUUUUGGAGUGAAAUGUCUAUACAUAUUUGGUUUUACUAGCUCUGUCAGUGGUUUGGGUUUGCACCUGUUUGAGUGCUGAAGCCACGCUUUUGAUGUGAUUAUCUUACUCUGAUUAAUGCCACAGGAUAUGAUCGUAAGUCUUUAAAGACUCAGCUUCUCUUUCUGUCAGUCUGGAGAAUAUGUGCUUUCAUUGCAUCGUAACCUCGAGCCACCCUGUGCUGCCACCCUCUGCCCUUGUCAGGUAUGAGAAAAUAUCACAGAGGAAUGAUUUUAUGUCAAAACCCAUAGAAGUCUUACCACAAACAACACUGCUUUCCUAUUUUAUUAAUAAAUGCUACUAUUUUUUUUUUUUUUAUUAAACCAUAAAGGCUCUGACACUAGUGCUACUGAAUGGUCAAAGCCUCCUUAGACUGCAGAAUAUUAUAAUAUACAUUGUAAAAAGUGUGAGCUGGGCUUGUGGCAUGCCAUUAUACAUCAAAACAUAGUUGUGCAUGUUUUUUUUUUUUUUUGUCUACACAGUGUGACUGUUUUUAUUUAUUUAUUCAAGAAGAAAGUGACAAUCAUUUGAUCAACCAGACACAUGUUGACUCCCAUGAAAUUCUUCUACUGAUCCAUUUUUAUAUUAAUUUAAAAAAUCAGCGUUAUUUUAAGUGUGUUUCUGUUUGUUAGAUAUUUGUUGGAUACCGAUAAUGCAGAAAGGAAUCCCUUUGCCUUAUUUUUAAAAUGUUUGGUUUUUUUUGUGUGUUUUUUUGGGAAUCCUUCUGAGAGGACACUGUGAGAGGGCUUUCCGGUUGUUUCCAUGUUGUCUGUUGUUUGGCAAAAUAGAUCCAGCUACUGUCAGGGUGCUCCUCAAAAUAUCCAAGUACAAUGAACAAAUUUAGGUCUUGAUUAAAAAUAAUAAUAGUAAAAAGAUCAGUAUUUAUGAUCCUUUUUGUAUCAUGUGCCCCUAAAGUUUGCUAAAUGCUUAAUGUAAAAAUCACAUUAAAAUGAUUAUAAUAUUUGCAUAAAUGAGAUGCCCCUGUCCUACUGUCAAUCAUAUAAGAUCACAGCAUGAAUAUUUUUUGUAAAGCCCACAAAUCAUUGCCUUAUUCCUGAUGAAAUAUUUGAGCUGUAGACACUGAAGGAUGUUUCGGUUGGCUUUAUAUUGUAACUGUUUUACGGAAUUCUAACACCAGCUUUUACACAUAUAAUUUAUUGCCACCUCUUGGAAUCCACAAAUAUCUGCCUUAAUUUAUUUUGUAAAUGUGUUCCCUGUUAUGCAUAGUUACAUUUCUGUGUUGGAGGUUUUGUGUGUCAUGUGGAGACUGAGUGAGGGAACUCAGCUUGCUUUAAUAGAAAAUAAAACAACAAAAAAUGUGA